GUCCACCAUGAGGGGAGUUCUGAUUUAGUCACUCCAGUGGUCCACCGGGCAUAAUUCUAGGAUUUGCAACACACACACGUUUCAACCCAUGCAGUCGACAUGUAAUUAGGACACAACGGUAAAUUACAUUAUUAGCUUUUUAUUUAUUUAUUUAUUUUUAGAUAUUCUCUAAUUAUUGAACAAGAACCUGCCCGUAGCUCCACCCACUUCAGGUUUAUUCUGACUACGCCUGUCAGUUUCUUCUACAUGAUAUUAUACAGGAUGACGCACUCCGAAUUGUCCAAUAUGACAUCGUUGUAGUUUCCAGCCAGAUGUAGACGACGGCAGAGUCUGAGGGGGAUUGUAUGAAGUUGAAUCCAACUCCUCAGCUCUCCUCCUCCUCCUCCACCUCCUCCUCAUUCUCCCCCUCCUGGUCUCCGCCUCUUCCUCUUCUCGGCCACUUUUCAAAAUCCGCUAGAGCCCGAGGAUGAAUCAUAAAGCGGCAGCAAAACCCUGAGGAGAAAACACGUUCGCGCUGUUUGUGUGUGUAGACAUUAACCGUCAGAAACAAGCUUGGACUAGUCCGAAAGAACGCAUCUGUUUUAUUUUAGUGCAGAACAGGAGAAGAAAAGUUUAACAAACGCUCGACGACAUGUUGUAAAGAAAAAAAAAAGUUUAGUUUUAAACCCGCGUCUCAAAACAGGAUUUCGGGUAAAAAAGAAACCAAUAGUCGCCUCAGGUCCGCAGACUCUGAUUAGCCAAAGCUUCGGCCAUGGUGAUGCUGCAUCAGCAUAUUAGCAGCUCAGUGGCUCAGCAACACUCUCAGCUGAAGGUCCUCUUAGAGGCAGGCUGCUAUGAUCAAUGUUUCUGCUCUGUUUGGCAGGGUGCUGUCCUGUGGGAUGGAUGACGUCCAAGAGCAGGACCAGUAUGAGGAGCAACUAAAGGAAGUUUUUAACAGUUUUGAUACCAGCGGCUGCGGCUCCCUUUGCCCAGAGGAGCUCUCUGAACUCUGCCAGUCCUUGCACCUUGAUGAAGCCACACCAGUUCUUAUCCAAACACUGCUGCAAAACCAGGACCACCUCACUGCCAGGAUCGACUUUGACCAGUUUAAGAAUGCACUGAUUCUGGUUUUGUCCUCAACUUUUGAGCAACCUCAGGCAGAACAGGAACCUUUGCAGAAAGCAGCGUCUCCAGAGAUCCAACCAAAGUUUGUAAAGGGCUCUAAACGAUACGGCCGCCGCUCCACACCAGAGUUAAUAGACCCUAUUUCAAGCCUAUCAGAGUCCACCAUCGUAAACCCUGCAGAGGCAGAGGAUCUGGAGGACAACUAUGACUCGGCUGUUCCUAGGAAACGUGAGCGCUGGAAUGCUAACGAGUCAAGCACAGAGGAGUAUGAAGCAGAAGGCCAGAUGCAUCUGUGGAACCCUGAUGAGCCGAGCACACCACGGACAUCCACGGUUCCCCUCUCCUCCUGUUUAGAGGAGCGUCUACGUGAAGCCUGCGAGGAGUUGAGCAUAUCCUGGGAUCGAUGUGUUGACCACACUGAACUCCUUGCUGUUUGUGAACAUUUAGGUCUGGAGAUAAAGGAAGAUGACCUGCUGAAUCUAACAAGUGAUGGAGUGAUGAACGUUCAGGAGUUUGUUUCUCAGGUUGUGAACCACAACAAACCGCCGACACCAUCAGCUUCUACUCCCUACAGACAGCUGAAACGACAUCACUCCAUGCAGCCUUUUGAUGAAGGAGGUCGUAGAAUUGCCACACCCUCCACCUUGACCAGCACCAUCGGCACCCGUCUCUUCUCCUCCCUUGAUGACGGCACUGGUUUCACUUCAGUAGAAUACAUCCUGGAUGCCUGGACAGAAGAUGGCAUUGAAAACAGCUAUGAAAUCCUGCAGGCCUUGAACUUUGAUCUCAACGGCAAACUGAGUCUCGGUGAUCUCGCCAUGGCACUUGAAAAUGAGCUGCUUGUCACUAAGAAUGGAAUUCACCAGGCAGUACUGGCCAGUUUCAAAGCUGAGAUCAGACAUCUCCUAGAAUGUGUCGACAGGGAAUACAGGGAAAAAGAGAAAAUCCGAUCCGAUUUGGAAAAGGCAGAAAAGCUUAAGAACCAACUGGCAACCGAGGUGGACGAACAUCACUCUGCAAUUGAGCAAACCAACAAUCUUAAACUCAGGAAGCUGGAGCAGGACCACAAAGAAAAACUUACAGCUGUCAGAUCAGAACUGAUGAUAGAGAUGGACAGAAUCCAGCAGCAGGCAGGUCUGCAGCGUGAGGAGCUGGAGGCGGAGAUGGGGAGGAUCAGGGAGGACGAGUCCUUUCUCAGAGACCAUCUCUCCAUUUCUGUUAAGGAAAACCGGCGUUUGGAGAUGGAGCUGCUCGACAGCAGAGAAAAACUAGUGGAUGCAGAAGUUCAAAUCACAAAACUGCAAACGACUUUGGACAAUGUAAUGAAAGAGAAGUUUGGAGACCUGGACCCUGGCCGUGCUGACUUCCUUCACCAAGAGGAACGCAUUAAACAACUACACAGUGGCUAUGAAGCCCAGUGCCGGGAACUGCAGGAUCGAAUCGAUGAGCUACAGUCAGAGCUGCAGCAGUUCCACAAUCUCGGUCGAGUUCAUCAGUCCUGCAACAAACCCCUCUCUGAGGAGCUGGAGAGCAAAAGCCCCGGCAAUGAGUCUGACCCAGGCAUUGGUUCUGAGGAAGUUCAGCCGUUCAACUUAAACCUGGAGGCAGAGAUGAUGCUGGAGCGGCUGAAGGAGCAACACCUCCAGGAGGUGGAGGAAUUACAAAAUCAACUAGAAAGCAAAAUUAGUGAAUUUGACCAGAUGGUAGAAAAACAGAGGACCAACCAUGAAGACCAUGAAGCUGUCAUUGUUGUCCAGCACCAGCAGGCCAUCCAGUCUCUGAGAGACGAGAACAGCAGAGUUCAGAGCCAGAUGCAGGAGCUCCAGAGCCGACUCAAGCAAGCGGAGCUGGAGCGGUGCCGUCUGGAACAGAACUGCUCAGAUGAGAAAGAAGAACUGGAAAACCUGCGGGAGGAGGAGGUGGGAAACCUCAGACAACAGCUGCUGGAGGCACAUACUUUGACAGCAGACCUGGAGGAGCAGCUACAGGGGCUGGAAACACAACUAGCUGAGAUGGAGGGAAACUGUCACAGUCAGGUUGAGGAGCUGAAAGACCAACAAGCUGCUGAGAUUAAAAAACUAGAAGAAAAACAUGUUGGACUUCUAGAAAUAAGGCUGAAAGAGGAGCAGAAUAAACACCAGACAGAAAAGACUGAGGCAGGGAAGAGAUUUUGGGAUGAACUUGAAAAUUUAAAACAAAGCCAUGACCUGGAAAUGAAGACCAAACUUGAAGAAGCAAAGCUGAGGUUGCAGGAAGAGCAGCGUGAAGUUGUGGAGAGACUUGAAAAGCAGUGGGAGGAGGACAGAGCUCAGCUGAAUGAGACGAAUGAGGAGUCCCUGCAGGUGCAGCUGAAGGAGGAGAUGUUGAAACUGGUCAGGGAACAUGAAGAAAAAGUCAAACAGCUCAGAGAGCAAUGGACUGUUGAGCAGGCAAAGCUUCAGCAACAUUAUGAAGCUACUACACUCCAAAAAAUAUCUGAAGAGAGGUCACGGGUAGAAGAGCAUUUUGAGCAGAAGGAGAAAAAGCUAAAGGAGAUUUGGAAGGAGAAAAAAGUCCAGAUGGAGAAGGAUUAUGAAGUGAGGCUUGAGGUCAGGUUGAGUGAGGAGAGGGCAAAACUUGAGGCAGAGAAAGAGGAGGUUAAAGAAAGUCUAGAAAAGUUGCUGGCUGCAGAGAAGACUCGUGUGGAGAAAAGACACCAAGUUGUUAUCAAAGAACUGAUGACAACGCACUGGGAAGAGAGAGAGGCGCUGAGCAGCAUGUUGGAGAAACUAAGAGAUGACAUCGCUAAAGAGAGGUCUGAAUCAUGUCGUCUCGCAGAGGAAAACCUGGUCUUCAGGAAGAAGAUUGAUGCUUUGAAGGAGGAGGAUUUAAAAUCAGUCCAAGAAGAGUUGACACAAACAUUGGAGCAGUUGGUAAAUGAGAAGAGCUCGGCUCAGAAUGCAGCAGAGAACUUCCAGCAGCAGAUUGCAGAGCUGCAUUUCCAAAGCCUGCAACUGGAAGAUGAAAAUAAUACAUUGUCAGAGAAAAACAUCCAGAAUGUUGCAGAUAUGGAGCAUCUCCAAAAACAGCUUGAGGAGCUGAUGGAGGAGAGGGAGAAGAGGGAGGCCCUGCCCUCUGAAGAUAAAAACAUGCUGUCAGCUUGUGUGACUUCUCUGGAGGCAGAGCUGACCAAAGCUCUGGAGGACACUGCACAGCUGGAGGAGAGGAACAGCCAGCUGUCUGAGCAGAUGUCUGGACUCACAGAGAAGUUGGCCUCCAUGGAGAAUCAGCUCAUCCAUCUCUUAGACGAACGAAAACGUUUGGAUAAGGAGAACCGUGGCCUGCGUGACCAUUUCACUAAAGCUGAGGAGCGGGUGAAGAAGGCGGAUGAAACAUCUCAGGCCGUCCACCAUCAAAGUGCUCGUCUGAAAGCUGACGUCCGUGUUCUGCAGAAGGAGAGGGACUCUCUCAAACAUGAACUGGCAGUUCUGCACAAACGGUUGCAGAAUGCCAGCGAUAAGAACCGUGUUUUAGAAAGGACCAUCCAUUCAGGCAGUCUGCAGAGCCAUGGGAAGAAGCUGCUCAGAGAAGAGCUGUCGCUGCUGAUGGAGCAGGAGCAGCUGCUGCUGAGGCAGGACAACGAGAGGCUCCAGGCGGAAGUUCGCAACAUCAAAGGAGACCUUGUUCAGUCAAAAGAGAAGGUUCGUCAGUUGGAUGCAAACCUCUUGUCCUUGAAGCAGCAGAACCACCCAGAUCUGUUGUUGCUGGUGAAGGCCCUGGAGCAGGAGAAUGUCUCCCUUAAACAGGAGCUGGAGGCCCAGAAGGAGCAGGCCAAGGGCUGUGAAGCAGGACAAGGACGGACACCUUCACUGGAAAACCUUCAACAAGAGAAUGAUGCACUGAGAGACCAACUGGCUCGAAUGUCCACACAGCUGCUGGAGAGCUUUCAGGCACAUUUCCUUGGACUUCUGCCUCCCUCUCCUCAUCGGUUACCCAGAGGUCAGAACCGUGGUGAAGAAGUAGACCACCAGCAGGACGAACGUGAGCGGAAGAUGAAGAAUAUGGAGGAACGUAUGAGAGAAGUUGAACUUUCGCUGCAUAACGUGAAGCUGCUGCUGAAGGAGAAGGUUGUUCAACUAAAAGAACAGCUGAACAAGAACGGCAAAGCAGAUGUUCUGAUCAAAGACCUGUAUGUGGAGAACACUCAGCUGCUGAAGGCUCUGGAGAUAACGGAGCAGCGACAGAAGCUCACAGAGAAGAAGAACUACCUGCUGGAGGAGAAAAUAUGCAGUCUCAACAAAAUAGUGCGGGACUUGAAUCCGACACAGCUUUCGUCUCUGCCUUAUCACUACAAGAACUCAUCAUAGUGUGUUGGAAUAAACACAGAGAGAGAGAGGAUAUUCUUAGCUCUCCAAAGUAGGGCUGUAAUCAACCAAAGAAAGUCUUGGUCGACUGAAGUCUUGAAAUUUAGACUGAAAAUUGAGUAAUCACCGUGGGCGAGGGGGUAACACAGUGCUCAUUAGCCUUGUCCGCCUUAAUUAAUUAUAAAUAAACCUGAAGACUAUUAUUCUAUUGCAUUAAUAAUCUAAUCCAAAAUAGUGAAAACAUGGGGGUCGUUCUGAAGACGUAUUAUUACCUGUGAAACAGGUGCUCUGAAAAACCCCCCAUUAGCAUUUGGUACUUUCCUCCAGAUGAAAUUAACAGUACAAUAUAUUAAAAAAAAAACAAAAAAACCACCAAUCAGAAUUUUUGUCGACCCAGAACACAUGGACCAGUCCACUGGGAGAUUACAGCUCUACUCCAAAUUGACAUUUAAAAUGCACUGUUAUUGUUGUGAUAUAUUAUGUAUUGUCAUGUCCGCUGCCUUAUUGUGUAUUCAUUUUAAAUGUAACUGUUAAUUAUGCAGUGUUGUACCUGUUUUACUUAAAUGAGCUGGACCAAUGAAGAACUAAAUGUGAAGGUUCUGCUGUAUUUAAGGGUUUAUUUAUUAUAUUAAUAUUCUUUUUUAAAGCAGUAUCGUUUUAGUAUAUUAAUAUGUAUACAACUCUCCCGAGGGAGAAAAGUUUAACUGUAAUGUGCUUUUUAUGCAAGUGUUGUUUUGAUCAUGUUAAAGUAACUGUCUGCACAACAGAGCAUACCUUCAAAAGUGUUUCUGAGGUGUUUGCUCUCUUUUUAACACUACCUGGACUUACAUCCACUUUGGAUGUCUGUGGGAAGGAUUUUUAUUUCUGUCUAAAUAGAAUCAUACAGUGUUUUCUGUUGCAGUGUCUAAAGUGCAGGUGUUCACGUGAAGGUCAGAUCAUUGUGAAUGUUUCUGGAUGAAAUGAAGAACUUUGUCUUUGCUCCAGUAUAAACACCUUUUAUCAAUAAACUGUAAACAACA